UGUUCGAGGCGUCGUUCCCCUGUCUUCGUAAAGUAGGAAGCGCUCACACACUCAGCGCUGGGAAUUAAAAGUACGCCAUAAAUAUGGCGCCAAAAGAGUUCACAGGCUGAUGAUAGAUCUAGUGAGGAAGCAGGACUGGUAGAUGUAGUGAGGAAGCAGGACCGGUAGAUCGAGUGAGGAAGCGGGACUGGUCUGGGGGUGUUCGUGCAGAUAGCGGUGUUCAGGUCGGGCUCAGGAGCGACAGACCCAGCAACUAAAACAAGGCGCUGUGUUUUUUCGGAGGACCGUUGCGAAACUGGCUCGCAAUCUUUUUCUGAGUCAUCUCCCUGAAAGCAUCUCUUCUUCUUCACCCUUCAUCGGCACUGGGAGGAAACCAGUCGGGGCGCAGAUACCAGACCUGUCGGGUUCACACCAUAUUUGGACUGUUAUGGAAAUGCGACACGAUUUCUGAACAUCUUGCGCGCACCUCGCAACCUGCGAAAUCGUAACGGACUACCGCCGCUUACCAGAGAAAAUACCUUCUGGCCGUCUCUACUUUUCCCUAACCUCUGGAUCAGGACUCUCCACGUCUCCGCAGAUCGAUGUGACGUGCUGUCACGGCGGACAGAGGGACGGUCCUGUCACCGCCGGGGAGUCAGGAGGGCUUCCACCGCCUAGCAGCGCUAGCAGGCGGGCACCGUGCAUGUCAGGGUCCUGCUCUAAACUACAUGUGGCCGGCUUCAAAUGAGCUCCUAAACCCCCCGGACCCGCCCGCCGUCCACAGCCGAGGACGCUUCCCCGCUCCACGCCGACUGAACGGGGUCACACAUACAUGAAGAUGGAGAGCGAAAGGAAGAAGAGGAAAUACUCGACCAGCAGUAAUGACUCUGACACCACUGACAGUCAGGUGAUGUCUUGGUCCAGUUCAUCCAAGAACACGGGCACCAACAGCACCUGGGUCCGCCUCCAGCACAAGAAGCCAUCAGAGGUGUUCCGCACCGACUUCAUCACGGCCAUGAAGCUGGCGGACUCGGCCCAGCUGGGCGACUUCUACGUGCUCUCGGACCCGUGGAGACAGGAGUGGGAGAAGGGGGUCCAGGUCCCAGCCAACCUGGAGGCCAUCCCCCAGCCCGUGGUCCGUCUCCUCCCAGAGAUGGGCGUGGCUUCUCUCUGCGGGCCGUCAGGGCGGACACACCCUCGGUUUGCCUGUGAGGAGGACGAGGAGGAGGAGGAUGAGGAGGGGGACGAAGAGGAAGAUGACGAGGAGGGCGAGGGCAGUGUCAUGAAGGUGAUGAGAACCCCCCUCCCGCCACCCCCUCCAGCCCAGCUGUACAGCCGGUAUGACCUGGAUGAGCUGGACGUGGCCUGGCUGGGUCUGGUGAACCAGGAGUUCAGACAGAUGGCGCUGCCGGAGCUGGACGAGCUGACCAUGGAGAGCGUGCUGGUGGAGCUGGAGAGCGUCUGCCAGGAGAAGAUGCAGCAGGCCAUCGAGACGGAGGAGGGCCUGGGCAUCGAGUACGACGAGGACGUGGUGUGCGACGUGUGCCACUCCCCCGAGGGCGAGGACGGCAACGAGAUGGUGUUCUGCGACAAGUGCAACAUCUGCGUCCACCAGGCCUGCUAUGGGAUCCUGAAGGUGCCCCAGGGGAACUGGCUGUGCCGGACCUGCGCUCUGGGUGUCCAGCCCAAGUGCCUCCUCUGCCCCAAGAGAGGGGGAGCGCUGAAGCCCACCCGCAGCGGGACCAAGUGGGUCCACGUCAGCUGUGCCUUAUGGAUCCCCGAGGUGAGUAUAGGCUGCCCUGAGAGGAUGGAGCCCAUCACCAAGGUGUCCCUCAUCCCCUCCAGCCGGUGGGCCUUGUCCUGCAGCUUGUGUCGAGAACACACAGGCACAUGCAUACAGUGCUCCAUGGCCUCCUGUAUCGUGGCCUUCCAUGUGACUUGCGCGUUCGACCACGGCCUGGAGAUGAGGACCAUCCUGGCGGAGAACGACGAGGUCCGCUUCAAGUCCUUCUGCCUGGAGCACAGCGCCAACUCCUCGGCCACGCCCCCCACCACGCCGCUCGCCGCCGCGCACGCCAACGGCAGCCAGCAGCAUCACACAGCCACUGCGCCCGCCGCCAACGGAGCGCACACGCCCACCACGCCGGACCGGUUCAGACCGGAGACCGCCCACCACCCGGGCGCAGGUCACGGAGGAGGCGGCGGCGUGGCCAACGGGCGCCACGGCGACCCGGAGCUGAGGCCCGGGCUGUCGGCCAGCGAGCGGGCGGAGCGGGAGCAGCUGGAGAGGGAGAAGGUGAGCCAGAGGAAGCAGAAGCUGCAGGAGCUGGAGGAUGAGUUCUACCGCCUGGUGGACCCCAGAGAGGUGGCCCAAAGACUGGACCUGCCCCACAGCCAGGUGGACUUCCUGUAUCAGUUCUGGAAGUUGCGAAGGAAGGCCAACUGCAACCGUCCCCUGGUGACCCUGAAGAGGGACGAGGUGGACAACCUGGCCCAGCAGGAGCAGGACGUCCUGUACCGCCGCCUCAACCUCUUCACCCACCUCCGUCAGGACCUGGAGAGGGUGAGGAACCUGUGCUACAUGGUGAGCCGGCGGGAGAAGAUGAAGCACAGCCUGUGUGACCUGCAGGAGAAGAUCCUGCACCUGCACAUCCAGCUGCUGGAGGACGAGGUGGCCGGAGAGAAAAACCCAAAGGGGGAGAAGAGGAGACCAGUCGGAGUGAAGGAGAAAGGAAAGGAGAGGAGGAGGAGGAGUCCUGAGAAGAAGAAGGAGAGAUGGAAGUCUGGCAACAGCACCCUACUCAAAGAGCUAGGUUUGCCAAAGUCCUUCCCAUUGGACAACUCUCUGUUUGACAGCUGGCUGGCCCAAUCGGUUCAGAUCACAGCGGACGACAUGCUCAGCGGGUGGGCCCUGAGCUCCCAGCACCAAGACAAGAGCGCCAGCCUGCUCUCUGACCAGCUCCUGCAGGGCGAGGAGAGCCUGCUGAACCUGAUGAUGGAGAACUCCAUGCACUCUGCCUGGAAGACCCCCCAGCUGGGCCGCAAGCCCCGCUCCCGCAGCCUGCCCCGCCCCGCCGCGCCCACCCUGCCCCACAGCCCGCGCUCCGCCGCCGCCGCCACCGCCACCGCCACGGCCGGCCCCACGGGCGCCACCGGCCUCCCCGCCGCCGAGAGCCCCCGGGGCGCCGCCCUGGGCGAGGAGAAGCCCAGCCCCGCCCGGAGGGGGGAGAGGUCCCGCAGCGCGUCCUCCAAGACGCCCCAUCACCCCCACCCCCAGCAGAGCCGGAGCGUGGAGCCCCAGAGGGACCCCCCGCCGCAGCCCCCCAUCUCCAAGAUGGACUCGUGUCACAUCUCGGAGGAGCUCGAGCGGGGGCCGCGGGAGGGCCUGCAGGCCAGCGACGGGACCGGGCCCGGGGCCACCGCCGCCGCGCCGGCCCCCGGCCUCACCUCCGCCUUCACCCCGUCCAAGUCCUCCAGCGCCGGGACCCCGGGGCCCGGCGCGGUCUCCCUCCCGCCGCGCGCGGGGGCCCUGCGGCUCCGCCUCUCCCGCCAGAGUAAAUCCAGGGGGAGGGGGGGCGGGGCGGUGUUCGUGGCGAGGGUGGGGUCCAGGGAGAAGGCAGCGCCCCUCCCAGCGAAGGAGUCGUCCCGGUUGAACUCUGCCGAGACCGACGGGUUCUUCUCUGACGGCGAUCAGAGCGACUCGGAGACGCGACCCGCCGACCGCAAGCUCCAGCUGGCCAAGUUGCAUUCUGGGAGCGAAGACCUGCUGAGAAGGAGCGUGCUGGCGUCAUAAGGGACAGAGACACUCCCGUACCGACCUGGACACACAUUCACACUGGGCAGCAGCCGGACGCUGACACAUCAAGGAGUCCAGGUUUAGACCCUCGAUCUUAUCCCCCGGCCACAGGCAUACGACCGAGGGGAAACCUUCGAUGAUCCAUACCUUCUUUCUUUCUUUCCAGCCUGUUCUAAGCCGUUCAUGAGAAGCUACGUUUCAGACAAAUAGGAAAUGGUGACUUUGUUCAUUUUUAUUAUUUCAACUUUUGCCCCCUUUUUACCUUUCCCAGUGUCUAAAGUAUGCAUCUUUCUAGAAGCCUCCUAUGUUACCUGGUAACUGAGUUUGGAUCUGAACACUUUCGGGGGGGGACUAAGUGUUCCUUAAGCUGGCCUUUUUUUUCUUACCUUUGUGGAAUCUUUGUCUUCUUGGAUGUGUUGAUCCUGACGGCGUGUGGGUUCAGAGCUGAGCUCCGCUGAGAGGAUCUGUGAGAGACAGCGGCGUUUACCGGGCCUUUUAGCUUGAACAAAACCCCAACUUAUCAUCUAGACUCAUUCAGUGAUGGACCUGUUUGCUACUCGUGGUGAUUGCUAUGUAGCCUUUAUUCUCAAUAGACGCAGAGGACCUUCAAUAUUUAUUAUCCAAAGUCCUUUAUGGCAAAAUCAACUUGGAAAAUAACUCCCAUCCCCAAAUCAACUGGGUAGAAAACUGGCUUGGCCCCAAUCCUGUUGUCAAUUAAAACCGUCUCACACACACAGAAACACACACACACACACACACACACACACACACACACACACACACACACACACACACACACACACACACACACACACACACACACACACACACACACACACACACACACACACACACAGAAACACACACACAGACACACACACACAGACACACACACACUUGACCCAGAUACUCCCAUGAGCCAGCCCCUUUGCUCUCUUUUCCAGCAGUUAUGUUUCUUAUGCACUCAGUCCCCAUCCCCUCGGCUGGGGUUCCAGGGAUUCAUGCUUUGUCCUCCUGAAUCACGGGGGGGAACACACAUUCAAACUCUGUGCCUUUCGUCGCCGCGAGUCCCCACAGCCCCCCACGCCCCAACACACAAAACAAAGCAACCUUUUCAAUCAAUCAAACAAUCAAUCUUCACGUGAGUCAAUCAGUCCUUAUUCAAUCUGAUUCGCUCCAAUCAAACUGGUAGGAGCCCUGACGGGUCGCCGCGGCGACAGUCUCCUUAAUGAUUGUUUAGUGCCUAAAAUAAGGGAGUUAGAGCAGCGUUCGUCAUUGAUCAGCGCACACACACACACACACACACACACACACACACACACACACACACACACACACACACACACACACACACACACACACACACACCUCUCUAUAAGUGCAAAGUGCUGCCUUCUUUUUUUUUGGUCUCCCCCGCCCCAUUGCAAGUAGGUUACUGGCAUCCAGAGCCUUUGGAAGAGAGCGUUUGCACUACAAUGGCCGCAUCGAUUCACAUUUCCUCGAACUCGACGUGUCGGCAGCGACCACAGAAACAAUGCUGUCAAACGGAGUCAACCCAAAACAGCCUGUAGGGUCUUGAGCACGAUCAGAUGGACUUCAUCAAGGGUAGAUCUAUAUCUCAAUACAUCACGUCUUAAAGGCUAGAUGAGAGACGGAGAAAGGACACACGAGUGUAUCUAUGGCCGUCAUAAGAUUGUAAUCCAGUAGGCCAAUACACACUCAAUGUGCCGCUGGCACCAGUCACCAGUUACUUAGCAACAGCCAUGGUGCAGGAUUUUGGAACCAGUAGGUUUGGAAACUGCAUGGCCUGGUAGUGAACCGUUCUAUCUUUGAAUGUCCUAUCCGAGAACCAACCCCAGUACCCCAUAUCAUCCACAGAGGCCUGAGCUUACCUUCUGAACUUCAGUUGCUUGUACAUUUUUUUGAAUUUCCGAUUAGUUGUGUUUUUGUUUUCUUAAAGAGGUGUAUUUUGUACUUAAGCAGUCUAAGGUAUCUUCUCAGGGGUUGAACUUGUUUUAAAAUUAAUAAAUGGUGGAAGAGUUUAUUGAAAAUAGAAAGAUAAAGAUGAUACAUAUAUACAUAUUUUAUACUAUAUAUAUUUAUAUAUAUAUAUAUAUAUAUAUAAAUAUAUAUAUAUAUAUAUAUAUAUAUAUAUAUAUAUAUAUAUAUAUAUAUAUAUAAAUAAAUCAAUGUGUGCGUGUGUUUAAACUUUACUAAUUUGGCACACUUCACUUUGAAUUCCAACACAACUACUACUGAGCAUGUCAAUUCUCUUAGUACAAUCCUGACAACUGUCAGCCCUUAAACAGUCUUCUUGAAGAACCGGUGAUGUUUUACUCUGCGCUGCGUUCCAGGCGGGCGGGGUUAACAAGAACCGCCAAAUGAAUUUUGUCUGCGAGGUGGUGGUGAACAAAAUCAGCACUGGCUUGACAUUAGCUGUUACUUUGUUAAGUAUAGUGAUAGCUGAUGUGUAUUUUAACAUCCAACCCCCCUCACCUGAUACCGGAUUCAGCUAAAUCAAGCAGAAAAAACUGCCAUUUGAUUCAGGUCUGUAGACCAAAGUGUAUCGUAGACACAGUCUUCUUCCUCUAAUCAUCUGGAGUGGUGGCUUCCCUGUUUGGUUGUGUUCAGAAACAACCUCCACAUAGUACAGAUCUGCGGGAUAAGGCAGCACAAUUCACAAAAACACUUUUUCUUAUUUUCACAAAGUUUAAUUGGGCGACUGCAACUGCUCGUGCUGUCCAAACCUUUGCCAUUGAAACCUGUUUAGACCGGUUCACUUCUCAUUGAAACCCGUUUAGACCGGUUCACUUCUCCUUGAAACCUGUUUAGACCGGUUCACUACUCAUUGAUCCAACGUCGGCUCAUGUUCCGUCAGAAGCUCGGGCAUUGGUCGUACUUGGUGAUCGGUGUGCCCUCCUAACCUUUAGGGGGUGCUGCUCCACUAUAAUGUCCACUCCACCAUCGUCAUUCCCCCAUCCUGGACUCUUCCAGACCACCCUCCCCCAGUGGGCCACACACUGGCCCAGAGCUUCACUGAACUAUUAAUUAAUCACACUGCAGACAUACACACAAUAAUACAACUUUACGGACAUAAAAUGCCACCGCUUAUGACUCAAUGACACACACAUGCACACAGAGCUGGAUAACAGGGUUGUCAUGUAGAAGAUUAUUUAUUAAAAAAACGUUGCACCUUUGUUGACCAGUGGGUGCCGGUCCGCUCUGCAGCAGAAGAACACGGAACACAACUGUCCUGUCCCACCGCAGACACCUAGUCUGAGCUUACCGACAGGGGCCAAUCACACGAUGAGCUCGUCACAGUUUACGUCUUCCUUUCUCCUCCGAGGAUGAAGACCUGAUAUAGGAAGUGGACAGCUUACUGGGUUUACUUCAGCGGUUCCACCCCAUAUGAAUGGAAACCAUCAUAAGACACACACACACACACACACACACACACACACACACACACACACACACACACACACACACACACACACACACACACACACACACACACACACACACACACACCACAACAAUAAUACUUAUACUCGUGGUUUGGAGACAGAUUUAAGGUGGAGUUGGUGGGAGUCAAUCCCCCAACAGAAUACUCCACCGUGUGGUUUAGUAGUUUAGAUUUUUUGUUUCGGUGUUGCUUAGACAGUGAUAUGUAAACCUGGUUUCAAUAUUCAAUGUUCAGAGUAGCCUGACUUUGUAGACGGUGUUAUUAGAAAAAGGUGUUUCAUAUACAGCCUUUACCUUUUUAGUAGCAAAACUAGGGAUGCACAAUGUUGAAGGAAACUUUUAAACUCUUUCAUGUAGCUGAUUUAUCGCCAUGGAUGAAGGAAAGCCCUUUUGAAACAGGUUGCCAUUCUUCACAAAGGUUGUUCGCUAGUUUUCGGGUGGGGAUUCCAGCUUUGUAUUUGAACAUAGCAAACGCUUCUGGUUUUGUAGCCUGUGUUCUAGGAAUAGCACCGAGCACCAGAGGACUUUGUUGAUGUUCCCCCGAGACUUUUUAUACCCCAUAAGUGUGUGAACAUUAUGAACAACCUCUAUGAUAUCUACAUGAGAGUACUGCAAUGUUUUCAGAGUAUUUCUGGGACAUUGUGCAGCCCUAGUAAAUACACAUAGAUUAUAUGAUAUGAUAUUAUAUUUACAGUGUGGCUUCAAUGCCCUCUCCUUCUGCUUCAUAGUUCACCGCUGAGACUCUCAGAAUAUCUCCAAGCGAACCACCUUCAUCUAGUGUCCAGGGAGGGGUGGGUCAUGUUAAAGUGCUGGUGUGGGCGUAUGGACGACACCGCUUGGUGUGAGCUGAGGCUUUCAGGUUUGGUAACUUGGUGCUCUCACGUUGCACGCCCACGUCUGAAAGUGUUUUCUCCUGAACCAGUUUCUGUGCGGUGAAGCCCAGCACACAAGUUGUUUCUGUAAUUGUCAAGGGCUCUGUGUACGUUCUUUAUACGGAGGAAGGAAAUCUCAGUACAGUAUCUGUCCUUGGACAGAAGAUGCCGUAGAAGAUGUUAGGCUGGCCUGGGAAAAGAUGAUGUCAUGAAGGCCGUCCCUCGGCCAGUUUCAGACUCUUCUCCCCUAACCGCCUUCUAAUGCCCAUCAGCGGACAGCUGGGCUUGUUGGUCAGUCUGACAGCUUGACAUGCUAGAAGGCCACCGUGUCUACUGGGGAACCCUGGGGAUGCAGUGGCCUUUCGUUUACCUUGGUCCCCUGGUCCAAGGCAAUGAGAAACAGAGUGAUGCGUUGGCCUGAUUUCUGGAGGCACCUGGAGAUCGUUUGGAUUCUGUCUGGUACUUUUUCCUAUGUGCUAGCUGGCUUAUUCAGUAGAGACUGGUUCAGGUCUUGUAAAUAGAGUUUUGAUUGGCCAAUGCUGCAGACUCUCUUGUCUUGAAUAAAUAGGAAACAAUGCCAAGCAUUCUUUCUUUCCGAUUUAACGUUUUCCCUGUCUUUAAAGAUUGACUCAAUGGCACUUUUGUGGACCAAAACAUUCACCUUUAACAAAAAGCAACACAUAAACGUAGCAAAGAAACCCAAUAUUGGCAAGUUAAACUAGCUGUUAUCAUUUAUUAUAGAUAUGUUCUGGCCAAAUGAUAACUCUUUUAAACCAUGGAUUUGAUGCACUGUAUAAGUAGCUUAAGGAUUGAUAUAAAAACGAUUUAUCAGAUAAUGCACUUUUCAAGUUGGCUGGGCUUCAAAGUUUAUGCCUCAAUCAGCUUCACACUAGAUAACACAGCCACAAGACUCAUUUGUUUAGUAUCCAGCUAAUGUUUGGUUAGCCAGGAUGCAAAAAAAAAAAGCUUAGUCAUCCAAUACAAGACGCUGAGGACCGCUGACUCGACACAGAACGGGUCUGCUUCCUGUCUGCCAUCAUUGUCCUCUCCUUACUCUAUUGUCCAACGCCAGCCCCAACACCCCCCCCCCCCCUCCACACACACACACACACACACACACACACACACACUCCGCCGUUUAGCUGGACUUUCUACACACCUUCAAUAACGUUUAAUACUGCACGACUGCACUGCUUGCUACUAUUACUACUGCUACUACUAGAGGCGUACAGUUCUUUUGAAUAGCCGUGUUGUGGAAAGCAAGCUGCUCUCCGCCUCUGUUUGUGGCCGGUGCUUUAGCUGGCCGCAGAGGCUGGUAUGAUGGCAGAGUGGUGAUCCACCCACAACCCUUUGAGUUUGUUUUGCUUUGCUUCAGCCCGGUUACGUCACAGCGUGAUAUCAUGAUCGUUCCACUCCCCUGGCUUCACCUCUUCCGCACCCUAACCCAGACACCCGUCAGCUCCCCUCCCCGUUCAGAUCAUCUCCCCCUCUGCCUCUCCCUCCUCUUGCAUAACCUUGUCACCAUUGUUGCCCUUGAUUUGACCCUCCCUGUAAGUACCACUCCACCCCGCCACCCUCGUUUCAUGUGAUUCCCCUCCCUUCCCUCUCGCCCCUCACCCACUUAUCUCCCCCUCUCCUCUCCCUCUCCUUCCUCACACUGCUGCCGUUUCCCUCCAUCCUCUUUUGAUAUUAAAGUGAAGGACAAUCGGUGGGGAAAAGGAACUCUGUUGCUUUAAGGAAAAAUAAUAGACUUGUGUGUUGACUGAGAGGGUGUGUGUGUGUGUGUGUGUGUGUGUGUGUGUGUGUGUGUGUGUGUGUGAGACACUUCUCUGCUCAACUCAAAAAGAGAGAGUGAGGUAGUGAG